GAUGGCAUGGUCGUCAGACUGGAUAUCCGCCACUGGCUGCACAGAUGGGAUGCCGUGGUCAUCAAACAGACGCACGCCAAGUACGGCAUCUUCAUUAGCGCCCUGGCAGGAGCCAUCUUAGCCUACAACAGUGACGACAUGAAGCUAUUGAUCUCUGCAAUCAGACAUGGUGACCACGAUAAGUUCUCCUCUAUAUCUGAUGCAGACAUGCUGUCUUUCGUGAAGCCAUACCAAGCUGCAUCAUAUGUCCGACGUGUCACCAGGGGUGUUCAGGAGAGUGCUGCUGCAGUCGAACACAUUCUGAGUGAGUUAAAGGGACCUGCAGGUCUGGACAUCGAUGGCAUUCCUCUAUUCAAAUCGAUUGAAGCAGUAGAUGCUCACUGGGCGACUGCUAGUAAGCAUCUCAGUUGCAUGCAGGAUCCACCCAACAUCCCCCUUUAUGUGGCCAUGAAGACGGUUACCCUGAACGGUGUGCAGCUGACCAAGUUCAGAUGUCGGAGAGGUAGCAACGCGCUCGAGGGCCUCCACUCUCACCUGCUCCAUGCCGUCCCAUCACAUCGUUGCGGUAUCAUGCCCUUUCAGGUUUACCUCCUUUCCUUUGCUGUCCAGUGGAACAACAGGAUGGAAAGGCUUAAAGUGGCGGAGCAGAAGGGCAAAAUGACAACAACCACAGACCCACGCCAAAUACAGCGCAUGAAUGACCACGCUGAGAUCCUGUUUGGCAAGGAUCAUCUCUUUGAGCCGAACUUCAUCGCCCCCAUGCAGCCACCUACCAAAGCUGAAGAGGAGGAGCUCCUCGGCGUCGAGUACGCUUUCUCCCAGUCUACAAAGUCCUUUUCAUCAAAGGCAUAUUACAUGGAAAAGGCCGAAGAGGAGCAUAAGGCUGAAGACGAGGAAGAGGUUGACAAGAAGGAUGAAGACGAAGGCAUCGAAGACGAUGCAUCCAAUGAUGCUCCUGUAAUUUCAGCAUCUAGACACAUGGAUGCCGUCAGCGCUCAGCACACCGUCCUGACGAAGGAAGAGCAGGUCAGAGAGGAGAUUAGCCCUGUUAUGCAGGAUGUCCUGACGACCAACCGCCAUUUGCACUUGCCUGGUUUCGAGCAAGUUGAAGCCCUCGCCUUGCUUCUGGUCAAGUUGACAGAAGGGGAGCAGCAUCUUAUCCCAGCAGAGAUAAGAGAGCAAAUUUACAAGGCUGCAGGUGAGCUAGCAACCCAUGAUCGAUCUGCUCGCAACUUUGUAAAAAAGUAUGAGAGCAAGUGGGGCUAUACUUUGUUCGGACGUUGCCUCGGGCCAGAGUCAUCACAAUCAAGCGCCGCCCAAAAGACCAAAUUUGGGUGGAUGAAGUUUGCACAGGCAGCCCAAAUCACAGAGGAGUCAAGGCUUUUGUACCUGGUCAUCCAGCUGCUCAAGAAUCAGCCUUCUGUGUCGUGCUCGUCCCCAACCAAGACGGCCACCAACAUCAGGACGAGGUACAAAAGGAUGUGUGACAGGCUGUUCGAUGACCCGGUCCUCUCCAAAGUAAAUCUCCCCCUUCCAAACAUCAAUUCCAAGUCCAUCACAAAUUUCAUUGGAAAGCAAGAGACCCGAUCCAAUUUCCUUGCUACCACCCAACCCAAAGUCCUCCGACAUCGGAAAGUCCUUUCCUUUGAUCCCCUCCCGGCACCUGUCGAGCUUCCGGAGAUGUUGCCAAACCCAGGGUAUGCCCAGGUCAAGUACAGUGUUGUACCUCAUGAGUCUGGCAAGCGCCGGGGUGAGAAGAGGCACUCACUCGUCUAUGAACCAGGGACUUCUUCAUCUACAAGGCAAAGUACAGCACCUUGCACAUCAACGGUGCCUACAUCUCAUGCUGGUGACGAACCAAAACCUAAGUUACCCAACAUUGCCCCCAAGGUAGCAGGCUUCGCCGCGGUAAUCGAAGGGGACGUUGACCACGAAAAGGUCCUUGAGGGCGCUUUUCGACGUCCCGCGAUCACUAGUGAUCAAGUCGAGCAAAGGUCCUCCCAGGGGUCGUUCGCCAUUCCCUGGGUUUUGCCCACCGAAGUGUUUGAGAUUGCGAGUAUUGAGCGGAACGAAAGUGAUAUGUACGCCCACGGUUCAGCGUUAGACCUGACUGAGUUUCCGCUUGCUCUUCGUGCGGGUGUAGGCAUAGAUUAUUUAUAG